AUGACUUUCCCAGGCCAUGUUGGAAAGACCAGCAAAAGGACUUUUCCAGUGGAAUCUCCUCUAAUGCCACAAAUUCCACGUGGCAAUUAUUAUCAUCUUCAGGAAGAGAAGCAAAGACUACAGCUAAAGAAAUUCCUUCUUCAUAGGAUGUUUCUAGUGGCAGAGAUAACAGCAAACACAGAAAAAAAAGAUAUUGCUGACUACUAUGAACAAGCGUUUCAGUCGAUUUUAAAACAUCACCAAGAAGAGGCAGUGACAGGGUUUUUGCUGGUAUAUCCUACUUCCAUUCUGCAUGUCCUUGAGAGCUCCAAUGGUACCCUUUACCAAAUUCUGUUAGAUUAUCUUAACCAUCGAAAGAGUGAAGCAGAAUUCUUUAUCCAUGGGAUGAAAAUUAUAGUUGUGUCCCAUAACAUCCCAACCAGGCUCUUCAUGCAAUGGCAUAUUUCAGUAAUAAAAGUUCCUGUCAUGUACCUUGAUGAUAUGACACAGACACAGUCUGUGGAAGAGGUCGUCACAGAGUUUCUCACUCAGACUCAUAAGCUGGCACUGCACCUUUUAAAGACGGUUAAAGUGGGUGCUAAAGGACCGGGGGAUAACUUGCACCAACUUGCACCUGAACUGCUCAUCCCAGAACAAAUAAUAAAGUACUUGUGCAAAUCUGAAGAAUUCCUGGAUCCGGAAACUUUCAUAAACAUAUAUAACAAACCUAUACACGUCACUUUGGAUUCCGAGGUGAUCUGGCCUGCUCCUACCUAUUUCUAGAAGUGAGAGGCAUGUGGUGGAUGGGGUCCAAUCUCUCCUGGAAUUAAUGCUACUUAAAUAAAAGGAAAGUAUUUCUAAAGUUACUCUUCUCUUUAAAAAAGAAAGGACCAGAAUGUCACAAUAUACACAAAGGUAAUAUAUUAAUCUUCACAGAGCAUGUUGAGCUAAACUUGAAAAUUAAUGUUUAAUUCUGAUACUAAGUUC